GUGCCAGUCUCUGCCUCUGCCCGGUGCCAGUGCCUGGCAGAGCUAUGCCGCUGUAAGGGCCCACGGUACCGGCUGGCGGCGCUGAAGUUCCUCUGUGCCUCGCCCUGGGAGGGAGCCGGAGCCGGAGCCGGAGCUGGAGCUGGAGCCAGUCGGUGUGAGGAGCCGAGCGGGACCGGCCCGGUUAGAGCGAUGCGCGGCGGCGGCAGCGAUGGCCAAAUGGUUCAAGGAGCACCUGGGUUUCAGGAGCAGCAAGGGGCCCCCGCAGCCCCCGAAACCCGACUACCGCCCGCGGCCGGGGGCAGAGCCCGACAUCCUGGCCGCUUACAAGCUGCAGAGGGAGCGGGACUUCGAGGAUCCGUACACCGGCGGCUCCAGCUGCCUGCAGCGGCUUCGCUCCGAGGCGGCCGGGCCAGGGGCAGCCCCUGUAGCCGCGGCUGGAGUCCCCGGCGCCGGCUCCUCUCCACAUCACCACCCGGCCAAGAAAGCUGCUUCUCCCGAACUCAAGUACAUCUCCCCGAAACACCGGCUCAUCAAAGUGGAAAACCCCGAGAAAAACUGCAGCAAGUUGGCUACAUCUCCCGAGGACAACAAGCAGGACAAGGUCAUUAUUCUCGAAGACUACGCAGAUCCAUUCGAUGCUAAGCAGUCUGGUGUGACUCAGGUUGGACAGGAGAAAGUGACUGAGAAUGAUGGCUACAUGGAACCUUAUGAAGCCCAGAAAAUGAUGGCAGAGAUACGCCGGAGAGGGUCCAAGGAUGUAUCCAGCAGACCGCUGCCACUAUACGACACACCGUACGAGCCCAUGGAGAACGGCGGAGAGUCCGACACGGAGAAGCCAGUCUCCCAUCGCCUCCGAGAGAGUCGUCUCCCAGAGGACGAUGAGCGGCCGCCAGGAGAAUACGACCAGCCCUGGGAAUGGAAGAAGGAUCGAAUCUCCAAAGCAUUUGCAGUAGAGAUUAAGGUAAUUAAAGAGCUUCCCUGGCCUCCACCAGUGGGACAACUGGACAGCGGCACUGAAGGGGAGCUGCGGGUUUCUCAUUGCCACCUCCUGCACCAGCACCAGCAGCAGCACCAGCAGCCCCAGCAGCAGCAGCCGCCUGGGUCUGAAGACACCAGUGUUCAGUUCGAUGGCGUCGACAAGAAUUGGCCAUCACCACCCAAGGAAGAGAAAGUCCGGCACCAGAACAGGCUUUCGGGAUCCAACUUCAAAUCUCUAAAACAUCAAAGCCUGGAAUUUAGUGGAGCGCUGGGGGAGAGAGUGGAGCCAAACCUGCCUCUCGGGAGUCAAACGUGA